AUGACGAAAUUCGACCCCAGCAACCGCCGCUAUCCUGCCGUCGGACCCGAAUCCGAAGAGGAACCGGCUUCUGAACAGCUGCAGCACGAGCACCAACUAAACACUCAAAAGGACGACGAAUCUGGACCCCGAAGGACCCCUCCCCUACAGCAACAGCAGCAUCAGCACGUUUCCUGCGCCGCAAUUACCCCGCCGGCGAGCCCUUCCGUGCCAAGAUCGUCCGCUGAGGAUUCCAUUUCCCACCACCCAGAUUGCAACUUUUCUGCAACGGCGGCGCAGAGUGACGACACUUGCUCGCUCGCGCAGUCCCACACCAGCACCAACCUCAGUUCGCGACAGGAGUACAUGGACAGCCUCGUCCCUCCGUCGCGCGACGAAUUCGAAAAGAUUGCAGAAGUGCAGCGCGAGCGCGAGGAGGAAAUCAAACUCACCCACCGCACUUCCAAGAGGAGAUCGAUGCAGAGCCAGCAGUCGCAUUCGCCCCGGCACUCUGAAGAUGCCGGGGCCGGGGUCGAGGCGCCUCUGAAGUCGCCAACAACGAGAAAUAGGAGCGAUAGUGAAGCGAUGAAGAAUGCCGCGGCGCUCAUCCAGCGCAAUUACCGUGGCUAUAGAGUGAGGCGAGAGAUGAAGGGCUUCGGGCUGGAUCCGACGACGAGGUGGAUGUCGGCCAUCGAGGAGAUGCGGUUUCGCGAGAUGAACAGGCCGAGGGCAAAGAGCUCUGCGGCGCUGUCUGUAAACGGCGGCGACGAGCAUAGUGUGCUGUCGCGGGACUCGGAUGGCGGUAUGAAACCGACGACGGCGCGGGACAACUGGAGGAAAGCGGCGACCAUAGCGAGGCGCGCCGGCCACGACGACACCGAUUCCGAGGCCGAAUCCUCGUCCUCGUCGGAUGAUUCUACAGAGUCGCCCGAGCAGAGGGCCGAGCGGCGGAAACGACGCGACGAGGCCAUCGAGAAGCGCAAGAAAGAUUCCAAGAUGAUGGGUCUGCAGUACUUCCUCGAGAUGGUCGACCUUAAGCACCGCUACGGCAGCAACCUGCGCGUGUACCACGAGGAGUGGAAGAAGUCGGACACGAACGAGAACUUCUUUUAUUGGCUGGACUACGGUGGUGGCAAGAACGUUGAGAUGGAGGCGUGUCCGCGCGACAGGCUCGAGAGAGAGCAGGUCAGAUACCUGUCGCGAGAGGAGAGACAGUACUACCUGGUGCAAGUCGACUCAGAAGGGCGGCUUACCUGGGCGAAGAACGGCGAGCGCAUCGACACCACCGAGUCCUACAAGGACAGCGUUCACGGCAUCGUCCCGGCCGACGACCCCACGCCCGCGUGGUCGCAGACCAACCUCCCUCCCCCCGAGGGCCGCGACGUCGACGACAGCCGCUCCGAGUCGUCCGUCGAGUCAGCCCUCGAAGCCGACCGCGCCGCAAAGUACGCGACGCCCGAGUUCGACGGAGCGACGGGGAUGAAGAAGGUCUCGCACAUCUCGGCGACGACCGUCUUCAACAAGCUGCUCCGCAAGUCCGUCAAGAAGAACACGUGGAUCUUCGUUGCGGACACGAGCUUCCGGCUUUACGUCGGCAUCAAGGCGUCAGGCGCCUUCCAGCACUCGAGCUUCCUGCAGGGCAGCCGCAUCUCUGCGGCGGGGCUGAUCAAGAUCAAGAACGGGCGGCUGUCGAGCUUGUCGCCGCUGAGCGGGCACUACCGCCCGCCGGCGUCCAACUUCCGCGCGUUCGUCAAGUCGCUCAAGGAGGCCGGCGUCGACACGUCGCACGUGUCCAUCUCCAAGUCGUACGCGGUGCUCGUCGGGCUCGAGGUGUACGUCAAGUCGCACCAGAAGAGCAAGAAGGCCCUCGAGAAGUUGUCGCUCAAGAAAGAGAAGAUCGUUGCGCCCGAGGAGUUCAAGAAGCGCGAGGAGGACGAGAUGGACAAGAGCGAGAGCGCGGCCAAGGAGCGCAAGGUGCUCGAAAAGGAGGCCGAGGAGCGGGAGGAGAACCGCGCGGCGGUGAAGCUGAUGCGCAAGCUGAACCUGCAGCCGAGCGAGCCUAGGGGCCAGAGGGAGGGGGAGCCGGCGAUGGAGCCUCUGGCUGAGGAGAGGACGAGAGAGGAGAGGGCUGCUGGGGGCGUUUAG